AUGACUGCAUCCGUGCGUUUGGUGCAUGAGGGCUGUGGAUCGGGACAUAUCACGGUCGAUGGCGCCGAUAACGACCUCCGGAAUGCCCUCGCAAUCGCUUGGCAUGGGGCCACCGGGACAAUCUCGAGGCCUCUCCGUGGCAUCACGAGCCGGUCGGUCGCGCUCGCUCCCGCGGGCGCGGCGGUCGCCACCGAUCCGGACGCGGCCAUGGCGGCCCUCGCGGCCGGCGCGCAAGCCGCAGAGCCUGCCGGAGCGGCUAAUCACCGGGUGAACGCAACUGCGCCGCUCGCCACCAAAACGCCGCCGAGAGCCGCCGCCGGCUGCGUCGCGACCGCCGCCGCGCGGCUCGCGGCGAGCGACGGGCUGGUUGACGGCCGCCGGCGACCUAGCACGGCGCUGCACGCCGCAGAAACGCCGCCGAGAGCCGCCGCCGGCUGCCUCGCGACUGCCGCCGCGCGGCUCGCGGCGGAGGACCCAGCAUCGUCGCUCGGCGCCGCCUAUAUACUCGACCAAGACUCGGGUCACGGCCGCGAGAGCGACGGGGCUGGUAGACGGCCGCCGGCGACCUAG